GUCAAUCCUAUAUCAAUUGUCAGUUCCCGUUUUACUGAGCCGUUCCUUAAUCGGGUUUUGUCCAAGCACGUUCCUUAUCCCGAUCUUGACAUACCAGUUGAGCCAUCUUACUACUAGUACACACGUUAAUAUCAUUCAUCAUGCGCUCUGUUUCGGUCCUUGCGGCAUGCCUGUCGGUCAUGUCAGCCGAGUUGGCUGCGGCCAACGAGGCGCCCAACAGGUCGCCAUUGAAGCCGAAAUAUCUCAUCCCCCGCGAGAUCAAGAGAGAAGUGAAAAACCCGCCCAAUGCACAGUUGCCGCCAAGGGACAAUAUGUACUCGGAUUUCCUCAACAACUUUAUGCAGAAUAUCGACAAAAGCAAUGGCGGUCAGGCAGCUUCUGCAUCCCCUGACGUUGUUGUCGUUCCCGUUACUGUCUCCAUCGACCGUGAAGGCCACACGCACUACAUCACGGGCACCGUUCCAGUGGGUGUAGCUGCAACGACUGCUGCCUCCGUGGUCGCUACGACCUCUGAAGCCCCAGUCCAUACUUCCGCUGUGACACCCACGCAAGCCCCCGUCAGCGAUGCCACUUCUAGCGGAUCGACCUCGAGCGAGUCCUCCGAGGAACCUUCAACUUCAUCGAGCUUGUCGAGCUCCGCUCCCAUCGUUGAUUCUCAGUCGGCAAGCGGAUCUUCCAGCUCGUCGUCUUCAUCUGCCGGCCUCCUUGGCGAUCUUGGUAAUGCUCUGUCUGGACUGGUCGACCCCAGCACUGGCUCCUCGUCUACCAGUGGAACUCCCGCACAGGCUACUCAAUCAGCCGUUGAAGCUACGCCUGCAGCAGCUGCUGCUCAAGCAACUUCCGCAGGUGUAGGCACCACUGGUGGCAUUCCCUCUGUCGUCGUCCAGCCGACUACGUCUCCCUCUAGCACAAGCAGCUCCGGGCUGCUCGAGGGCCUUGGAGGAGCUCUGCUGGGUUCUACGGGUCUGAUCCCUCUCCAGGCGGGCCCAACGACGACAGCAACUGCCUCCCCCUCGGGCGUUGUCGUUGGUGCCUCCAGCGUGAUUGCUAGCCCAUCUGUGACGCCCACGGCUUCGGCUUCGACUUCGGAUGGUCUGGACAUUCUGCCAACCAUUUCAAUCCCUAACCUGCUCUCUGGUCUCACGGGCGAUAACAACAGUAGCGCGACUGCCACUCCGUCGCCAACUUCUCCGAAUGCAUCUCCGUCAUCGCCCGCCGGCUCGCCUAGUUCUGCUGUUGCCGCUUCUCCAACUCCAUCUGGUGGCCUCCUUGGUGGCCUCCUGCCUACCUCUGGUGGUCUUCUGGGUGGUCUGUUGCCUACUUCCUCUGGUGGUCUUCUGGGCGGUCUGCUACCUUCAUCGUCUGGUGCUGUUGUGUCUGGAUCGGGCGGCCUUCUGGGUGGUCUGCUUCCUACGCCAUCAAGCACCCCGAGUGCCUCUGGGCUCCUGGGUGGCCUUCUGCCAACUCCCUUGAUUCCUAUCAGCUCUGCCGCGAUCCCAAAGAUCUCACCCUCUAGUCCUGGACUGUUGCCGUUCCCUAAGGUAUCAUCCUCUCCCCUAUUCGGCUCCCCGGCUCCCUCCAAGUCGCCCUCUUCUCAGGGCAUUGUGCCUCCCUUUGGAGUCAUACCCACUGGUGCGAGCACUCCGGUUUCGCCCUCGAAGACGCCCAUCACUCCCGCUGCUGGCUCCUCAACCCCUGUCAUGAGCAGCAGCGCCGUUGUUACUCCCUCGCCUAAGGUGACACCGGUGUCUACGGUGCCGGAGACUACGUCGACUGAGGAACCUACCUCGUCCACUGUGGUCGAGGCGCCCACUCCUACCGUCACGGAGAAGCCGACGGCCCCGAUUGUUAGCAUCGCGCCCACUGGAACUGAUUCUGCAACGACUUUCGUCCCAUCGACGAUCAUUAUUGUCCCGACCAGCACCACUUCUUCGGAUUCUUCGUCUACUGAGACGGCAGCCAGCACCGGCAUCCCGACCACUCUCCCUCAGAUGAUCGCUCCUAAUGGAGGCUUUACCCCCCCGCCGGAGAACUCGACCCUCAUUCAGCUUGCCUUCAACGGCGAUCUGCCGUACGACUUCGUUGCUAUGACACCGUUGUCGUCCUCGCAGAUCUUCAUGUACGUCCCGCAAGGCCUUGUGUAUGCCCUGCAGGUCCCCGCGGAUCAGAUUAGCAUGCAAUCCAUCCGUCCCUAUGACAGCACAAAGACCCUUGGAUACAUUACCACCUUGGCCCUCGCAUACGUCCCUUCGGAUAUGGUCGACCCGCUCUCUCUGGAACUUCACAACCCCACCUCCAGGCUCUACUCGAACCCAGAUACUCCUGUGCAUACGAUCAUGUCCAUGAUCGACUCGACCUUCCCUCUUAUCCCUGGACAGGCGUUGUCUGGCUCGUCUUCGACCAGCAACAAUAACGUGGCCAACAGCAACAGCGGCUCUGGCGGUAGCAAUGGCGGCAGCGACAGUGGCGGCGACGACGCGGGUGCCAGCAGCACCUCCAGCGGCGUCCGCGGAAGUUCUGUUGGAAUCGGUGUCGGUGUUGUGGCUGGCGCGGCUGCGUACGGAGCCGCGAUGUUCGCUGUGGCGCGGCGAUACAGGAAGAAGCAGCAGCUUCACCGCCGCUCUAGCUCUGUCGCUGAUGAGCAGAUGAGCGAGGCUGCAGGUACAGGCUCUGCUUUCCUCUCGGGAGGCCGACUGUCCCCUCACAGUGUCCACAGCGGACGGAGUGGCCGCACCCAGAUGAUCAGUGCGCCUGUUAUGGCUGAGAACUCUCUUGGCUGGAACUGAUCUCUAGUGCCAAAUAAAUCCCCGAACGGAAGGUCGGCGACAUGGUUCUUGUGCUACGCGGAAGAGGGAGAAGGUAGCAAGAUCAUUGGAACAAGGCGUCAAGCAAGGAGGUACAAGUGUUCAUGAAGGCAAAGUCUUUCUCAAUCCAGGCUUGGUCUGCCAGAUUUGGUCAAUCUAAAACACACGUC